CCUUUCCCGAGCUCGUGGCGGUUGCAGGAAUGAGGCGGGGACUGGGGCAUUGGAGCGCCUCUGCUGCUUAGAACUUCCCUUUCGACUUGAGCAGGAGCUGAGGUUUCCCAAGGGAAACCUCAACACUGACCCCUGAGCCCUUCUAUUCCUGAGCUAUUUGUCCUGGCAUCCCUCUGCGGGGUUUAGGGACCUGCGACGCCUGCAUGAAAUUGUGGGCAAAACUUAGCGGUUUGUGCCUGUGAUGUGCUCCUGGGGUCUCCAGAUCAAAGAGCCUUGUAGGGCUAAGGAGGGGCACAAGCAUGGAGCGACUUUGGAGUCUACUCCAGAGAACGCAAAGGUUGUCCCCACGACCCUCUCAGACCAUCUACAAGCGUGUAGAAGGCACCCAGCAGUGGCGCCUUGAAGAGGAAGAGGAAGACGGAGAGGAGGGGGCUGAGCCACCAGCCCACUUCUGUCCCAUGGAGCUGAGGGGCCCCGACCUGGGCUCUCGACCUAGGCGGCAAAACCUCGGAUUCUGGGCAGCAGCAGGACGAAGGGCUGCCCCCUACCUAGUCCUGACCACCCUGCUGAUCUUCACUGGAGCCUUCCUUCUGGGCUAUGUGGCCUUCCGAGGGUCCUGCCAGGCAUGUGGAGAUGACGUAUUGGUGGUCAGCGAGGACCUGAACUAUGAGCCAGUCCCGGACUCUCAUCAGGGCACGUUGUACUGGAGUGACCUCCAGGCCAUGUUCCUGCAGCUCCUGAGGGAGGGGUCUCUGGAGGACACCAUCAGGCUAACCAGCUUUCGGGAAAGGGUGUCCGGCUCUGCUGGAAUGGCAGCCCUGGCCCAGGACAUCCGCGCGGCGCUCUCGAGCCAGAAGCUGGACCACGUGUGGACAGACACGCACUACGUGGGGCUGCAGUUCCCGGACCCGGCUCGCCCCAACACACUUCGCUGGGCCGACACGGCCGGGAGGCCUGGGGAGCAGCUGCCGCUGGAGGACCCCGACGUCUACUGUCCCUACAGCGCCACGGGCAACGCCACGGGAGAGCUGGUGUACGCCCACUACGGGCGGCGGGAAGACCUGCAGGACCUGCGGGCCCGUGGCUUGGAGCCGGCGGGGCGCCUCCUUCUGGUGCGCUUGGGGGUGAUCAGCUUUGCGCAGAAGGUGGCCAGUGCCCAGGACUUUGGGGCCAGAGGAGUGCUCAUAUACCCCGACCCUGCAGACUUCUCCCAAGACCCACACAAGCUCAGCCUGUCCAGCCACCGGGCUGUGUAUGGACAUGUGCACAUGGGAACUGGGGACCCCUACACACCUGGCUUCCCUUCCUUCAAUCAAACCCAGUUCCCUCCUGUCCAGUCCUCGGGCCUGCCUGGCAUCCCAGCCCAGCCCAUUAGUGCAGACAUCGCCUCCCUGCUGCUGAGGAAGCUCAAAGGUCCUGUGGCCCCUCAGGAAUGGCAGGGACACCUCCCAGGCUCUUCUUACCACCUGGGCCCUGGGCCAGGCCUGCACCUAGUGGUCAACAACCACAGGGUCUCCACCCCCAUCAGCAACAUCUUUGGCUGCAUUGAGGGCCGCUCAGAGCCAGAUCACUAUGUUGUCAUCGGGGCCCAGAGGGAUGCGUGGGGCCCAGGAGCAGCCCAGUCUGCUGUGGGAACUGGCAUACUGCUGGAGCUGGUUCGGACCUUUUCCUCCAUGGUGAGCAAUGGCUUCCGGCCACGCAGAAGCCUUCUCUUCAUCAGCUGGGAUGGAGGUGACUUUGGGAGUGUGGGCUCCAUGGAGUGGCUGGAGGGCUACCUCAGUGUACUGCACCUCAAAGCCGUAGUCUACGUGAGCCUGGACAAUGCAGUGCUGGGAGAUGACAAAUUUCAUGCCAAGACCAGCCCACUUCUGAUCAGCCUCAUUGAGAACAUCCUGAAGCAGGUGGACUCUCCUAACCGCAGUGGGCAGACUCUCUAUGAGCAGGUGGUGGUCAACAAUCACAGCUGGGAUGCUGAGGUGAUCCGACCGCUGCCCAUGGACAGCAGUGCCUAUUCCUUCACGGCCUUUGCCGGGGUCCCUGCCGUAGAGUUCUCUUUCACGGAGGAUGGCCAGGCGUACCCGUUCCUGCACACUAAGGACGACACAUACGAGAACCUACACAAGGUGUUGCGGGGCCGCCUGCCCGCCGUGGCCCAGGCCGUGGCCCAGCUCGCUGGGCAGCUCCUCAUCCGGCUAAGCCACGAUCACCUACUGCCCCUAGACUUCGCCCGCUACGGGGACGUGGUCCUCAGGCACAUCGGCUGCCUCAACGAGUUCUCUGGGGACCUCAAGGCCCGCGGGCUGACCCUCCAGUGGGUGUACUCGGCGCGGGGGGACUACAUCCGGGCCGCCGAGAAGCUGCGGAAGGAGAUCUACAGUUCGGAAGAGAGUGACGAAAGGCUGAUGCGCAUGUACAACGUGCGCAUCAUGAGGGUGGAGUUCUACUUUCUGUCCCAGUACGUGUCGCCGGCCGACUCGCCGUUCCGCCACAUCUUCCUGGGCCGCGGAGACCACACGCUGGGCGCCCUGCUGGACCACGUGCGGCUGCUACGCUCGGGAAGCUCCGCUGACCCUGGGGCCCCCUCUCCCCGGGUGGCGCCCGGUCUGGGCUUCCAGGAAAGCCGCUUCCGGCGCCAGCUGGCCCUGCUCACCUGGACGCUGCAGGGGGCAGCCAAUGCACUUAGCGGGGAUGUCUGGAACAUCGAUAACAACUUCUGAGGCCGCCAGGGACUCCACAGGUCCCGCCCCCUGCCGGGAGCUCCUGCUCAUCCCGGUUGAGCGAUUUCUGGGUGACUGACAGGCACUUCCUUUCAUUGCUGGCCGAUUUCUUAUUGGCCCUUCCUGUCUUUCCAAGGGGCCCAGCACAAACACCUGCACACCCCUGGCCCUGCAGUGUAGGCGCAGGUGAUCUUUGCCUUCCAUAAUGGGACUGUCCGUCAUACUGUCAGCUAAUCAGAGAGCGUCAUCCGCUCCUUCAAUCACACCUCCUUCCCUUUCUGGGUGGGGUAUCCCACCCCUAGAGACCACUUUGGAAGGUUUCCUAGGCACUGGGACCUGGCUUGCCCUCUUGGUGGGAGAGAUGGCUGGAACCAUAGCCUUAUAGCCAACUAUGGUGGGAGGGACUUGGAUUUGGACCUUAAUAAACCACCUGGUGGCAUCCAUCA